AUGUACGAAGAGCAGCCGAUAAUGCCCAACUCGGAUCUACAGGACGGCAACUACUACCGUAAUGUGGACGAAGCGAGAAAGGAGUUCUGUCGAGACGCAAGUCUAGAGGUAGCACGACACCAACAACCCGCGACAUGCGCUGCUUCGGACCCAGUGCGCACGCUCGACGACCUACAUCUAUUUCAAUUAUAG